GGGAAAGGUCUUCUCCUGAGGAUAACUGACAAUUCUUAGCAUGGUGUAUCAAUUCUUUGAAGAAAAAAAGAGAUGCCUUCUGAAUCUCUCACAUUCACUGACUCUUUCCCCUUCUUUCUCUUCCUUCCCCUCCUCUUCUCCCCCUCCCUCCUCUCCCCUCCCUCUCCUCUUAACUUGUCUGUGUCUCUCUUUCUGUCUCUCUCUGUGUCUGUCUCUCUCAGUAAUCACCUGCGUACACUUUCUGUGAUAUUCACCCUAAAAGAUCCUCAGCCAAAGAAGAGCUAAACUCUGUAUUUUCAUAUUUUUAGAGCCUCCUCGCAGAAGGUGAAUGCAUGUAGCUUUGGAGGGUUUGCUUCCCAGGUAACAGGAAAAGAGGCUGCAGGGGAGAGAUUCUGGAAAGAACUCAAAAGUGGUCUGCACCACCCUGACCCCGUCACAGGAUCUUCCAAUUUACGCCUGUCCAGUCCAACCUCACUCUGUUGGCUCCCAUGAGUUCCCUGUCUGCUCCUUCUGUGUUCCAGGAACUUUCCUUUUCAGGUUUCCAGGAACCUGACUCAGAGAUGUCCCCACUCAACCAGACCUCAGUGUCUUGCUCCCAGGGCACACUUAUCCUCCCUCCAACUCCAGGAGUCCCUCUUCUACACAGAAAUCUAUCCCUGUAUUUUCUCCAGGCCUUUUUGUUUCCUUUCUAGCCACCCUUCCCAAAUGCAAACCCUGGUACGGCCACACACACCUGAAUUUUUUUUUUUAAGAUUUUAUUUUUUAUUUAUCCAUGAGAGACACAGAGAGGCAGAGACAUAGGCAGAGGGAGAAGCAGCCUCCCCACAAGGAACCUGAUGUGGGACUCAAUCCCAGGAUCCCAGGAUCAUGUCCUGAGCUGAAGGCAGAUGCUCAACAACUGAGCCACCCAGGUGUCCCCACACCUGAAUUUAACACAGGCUUGGUAAAUAGGGGAAUGAGGUUAGUGUUACAAUGUGGAUAUAUCAUUAGAUCACUUCUAGUUAUUAUCUGCAUGUCAACGGUGUGUGCCCCAAGAAAGAGCAGUUGACCAUGAAGCUCCCUCGGAAACCACUGAAUUCAGUACUAUACCCGGUGCCCGUUGGCCCUCACCCUUUGUUAUAGCUUGGUUUAGCAACAUAAAUUAGCCCAAGACCCUGAGCCAGAGCCACCCCUCAGGGGCAGCUCCACAAUUCAUAUAAAGCUGCCAGCUGCCUCCUCACUUGUGACUUCUGAAUAAUGAUCAGGGUAAACUCCUGUGGACCAGCAGCUCAGUUAGGACCACUCUGAUCCUGUCCAGAUCUAUCGAAUCAGAAUCUGUUAUUUAGAAAACCCUCCAGUGAAACAGGCUCAGGUAAGUUAAACAUCGCUCUGGGAGGGACCCUGGGGGCAGGGGGACACGUCCUAACACUAAUAAACCAUCUGAUGUAUUUCACUGUGGAAACUAUACCUAGAGGCUAUUGGAGGGGUGGGAAAAAACCUGUGAUGGGAACACAGAAAUGUAAACAAACAAACAAAAAAAAGAUGAACCAUUUAAUUCCUUCCCUCUUCCAUCCCCGAAAAACCCAAGAAAUUGUAUAGGAAAAGAAAUUAAUCAGAUGUGAUACUUGGAUCCAUAAAAUUAUAGCUACAGAACCAUAGCAUUGGAAACAUGGAACAAAAGGGAUCUAUUUCUAAUGGUGAUUAAAGAGCUGUAUCCAUCAGGGUUCUCUAGAGAAACAGAACCAACAGGAUCUAUACAGAUGUAUAGAAAAAGAUGUGUUAGGAGGGCUGAUUUGUGGGAUUAUGGAGGCAGACGAGCCCCAUGAUCUGUGCCCUGCAGGCUGGAUGCCCAGGAAAAGUGAUGGCCUACCAGUCCAAACUCCAAGGCCUGAGAACCAGGGGAGCCAAUGUCUGAGGGAUGGAGAAGAUGGAUGUCCCAGCUCAAGCAGAGAGCAGAUUUGCCCUUCCUGUUUUUUCCAUUCGGGCCCUGCAUGGAUUGGAUGGUGCCCGUCCACAUUGUUGAGGGAGAUCUACUUUAACCUGUCUACAGAUUCAAAUGCUAAUCUCUUCCAGAAACAUUCCCACAGACAUUCAGAAAUAAUGUUUUAUCAGCUAUCUGGGCAUUGCUUAGGUCCAGUCAAUUGACAAAGGAAAUUAACUGUCACAAGAACUAAAUCAUCAUCAACUUAAUUGCUAGGGCUUUGAAAAGUGAGAUCUAAAAAUGAUUAUGUCAAGAAAUAGCAACAGAAAUAGGUUAUAGUUUCAGGGCGCCUGGGUGGCUCAGUCAGUUGAGGGAUGGACUCUUGGUUUUGGCUCAAGUCGUGAUCUCAUGGGUGGGGUAGGGAGGUCUGCUUGAAGAUUCCCUCCUUCUGCCCUCCACCCCCCCCCACACACACGUGUAUGCUCACACGCUCUCUCUCUCAAGUAAAUAAAUCUUAAAAAAAAAAAAAGAAGGUAAUAUAUUAUAGUCUUGAGAAAUACCUAGAUAAAUGCCAGAUAAUACAAGCAGGUGAAGAAGCUGUUUCUGGGGAAUGAGAUGUAGAAGUGAGAUAGAUGCUUUUCCUAAAAGCUCUUUAACUGUUUGGAUUUUUAAAAAUCUGUAUGGAUUAUUUUAGCAAGAUAAACUAAUUUUUUUAACUAAUUUUUUUUAAAGAUCUUAUUUAUUUAUUUGACAGAGAGAGAGAGAAGCAGGAGGAGCGGCAGGCAGAGGGAAAAGGAGAAGCAGGAUCCAUCAAUGUGGGGCUGGAUCGAUCCCAGGACCCUGGGAUUAGGGCCUGAGCUGAAGGCAGACACUUCACCAACUGGACCCCCCAGGUGCCCCUAAAAAAACUAAUUUUAAAAAGAGAAGGAACAGCAGGACUGACUGGCUCAGUGGGAAAAGCUGUGACUGGAUCUUGGGGUUCUAGGUUCAAGCCCCGCACCUGGUGCAGAGAUUACUUAAGUAAAGAAAUAAAUAAACUUAAAAACGAGAGAGAGAGAGAGAGAGAGAAGCAGCAAGCAGUUGCCUCAAUAAAGAGCAGAUGAAGAUCCCGUAGGACAAGGAUGAGCGUAAUCCCUGGAUUCAACUGAUCUACAGCACUGGGAAAUUAGAGCCAUACUGGAAAAGAGCAAGGGGAGGCAAGUCCUGACAUUUUUGCUGUUAGAUUUGUUCGUGCGGAGCCCAUCACAUUCCUCAACUCAAAUGAUUUUCAUGUCUCUAAGGGAGAAGUUUGUGUUUCCAGUCUCCAGGGGGCUGGGCAGUAGCAGGACCUUUCCCAUAGCAGCCCCACACCAUACAGGACUUCACACACAGCGUGAGCCUAGAGGGAUAGGGGCUCGUAGACUUUUUCCCUGAGUGAGCCUGGAUUCAGAGAUCCUGCCUUUGGGGGUCUAGGGCUGUUAGUUUAUGGAGAGAUGACUCAGAGGUCACCCAAUUGACACUGUGGCUGCCACGUAGCAUGAGUUCUGGAUACCAUUGCUUUCUAUUCCCCUGGCCUCUUCCUUGUCAGUCUAGCUCCCUUGAGACAAGUAAAAGCUCUUUUUUUUUUUUACCCCUGCCCCCCAAUUUUUUUGACAAUGUAGAGCAGAGGUCAGAAGUCUAGUCAGAGUGGGUUAAGGAAAAGAAACUGGUUAUAGGUAAUAUUUCCAAAAGCCAGGAUGAGAACAAGACAGAAGCACUUCAAACUAGGAAGGGCAAAGACCAGCUGGUUUGAUUUGAGCUGCAAAUUCUAUUUUGGUUUAUAUGCUGAUGAAAAGCCUGAGAAUAGGAACUUCAAGAGUUUAGGUUAGGAGAGGAAGAUAGACUUGCAAACAAAAGACAGAAGUAAAUAUAUGAGCUUGUCAAAGCAAGACUCAGGUCAGGUGUGCACUAGCAGAGAAAGGGGCCAGGAAGUUGUCUGUCACAGAAUAAACCCAACCAUCAUCCUGGAGACUUGGUUUCACUUGGAGGGGGCAUAAGCUAUCCAGAGUCAUAUAUAAACAAACCUCAUAUAGAAUGAAGUACAAUGCUAUAAUUUACUUUAAAUUUAUGGAUAAGACCCAAGAUAACACCUGAGGUGUUUCUCACCUGAGCUGGGCAAUGCUUGGGAGCUUCUUCCUAAAACCCCUCUAGUUAUCGUGCUCAGAUGGGACCACAGCAAGAUACAAGUGAAGAAACGAGAAAUUCUAGAAGAGUGGUUGCACAUGCUUACUUUUGGAAGAGAUUGACCUUAAAUGAGCUUUUGUUUUAAAGAUUUUAUUUAUUUAUAUAUUUAUUUGAGACCGAGAGAGAGAGAGAGAGAGAGAGAGAGAGAGAGAGAGAGCACAAAUGGGGAGGAGGGUCAGAGGGAGGGAGAGGGAGAAGCAGGCUCCCCGCUGAGCAAGGGCCCCCCCCCCCCCAGUGUGGAUGUGGGGCUUGACCUGGGAUCAUGAACCAAGCUGAAAGCAGGUGCUUAACCAACUGAGCACCCAGGUGCCCCAGUGAUCUACUUUUUAAAAAUGUUUUUCCAGGGGUGGCUGGCUGGCUUAGUCAGUGGAGCAAGCAAAUCUUGAUCUUAGAGUUGUCAGUUUGAGCUGCACAGUGGGUGUAGAGAUUACUUAAAAAUAAAGUCUUAAAGGGACCCCUUGGGGGCUCAGUCAGUUCAGCAUCAGACUCUUGAUUUUGGCUCAGGUCCUGAUCUAAGGGUUGUGAGAUAGAGCCCUGCCGUGGGCUCCUGUUUAAUAUUCUUUCUCCCCUCUCCCACCCCACCCCCCAGUUCAUGCUCUCUUUCUCUCUCAAUAAUAAUAAUAAUAAUAAUAUCCUAAAAAAUAAAAAUGUUUAUCCAUAUUUAAAAUCUUUUUCAUAACAAUAAGAGGUUUAGUUCAAAAUAGGGAGAUGCAGAUUGAGUUGCUUGCAGGGAGGUCACUUUGAGGUCUUGCAUCACAUACAUGCAUUCCCAGCCUACCUUUAAAUUUUCAACCCACAUAAACAACAAACAGGAUAACAACUUACCAUCUUCUAAAUCCCUACAGUUCUCUAAGCACUUUACUUGCUUCAUCUCAUUUAAUCCAGUGCCUUUCCAAAGAAGGUAUUAUCAACAAUAUUCCUAAUUUAGAGGUAAAAGGAGAUAGAUUUGAAGAGGUGAAUGAACAGGCUUAAGGCCUUACAUCUCAUUUUAGUGUUCUCUUGAUCCUCUUUUUUGUCCAGUCACCUUUGAUUGAGUCCAGCUCAUCAGUGUAUAUUCUGGUCUUUGAGCUGAAGACCAGAAAUAGACUCACCAUCUCUCUGGAAAACUUCCCCCCCACUCCCAAAGUAAAGGCAUGUGGGACCUGGGGGCAGGCUUUCCUGAGAGCAUUUCCCCCUUCCUUCUUCCGCUGUCUUUAACUUUUGCUCCUGGGGCCACAGCCAGCUCUACCGAUUGCUCGCUGGACCCCCUGGUGCAUCUUCCUGCCAGAUCAGAGAUCAGUACGGUGACCGCUCCCGCUCCUCCAGAGAACCCGAGAGCCCGCAGCCAGCAGCGCAUUUGCUCUUCCUCUGGCUCCAUCUUCCCCAUUUCUUUCCCAGUCCCUCUAUCCCUCUACCCUCUACUCUUUGCUCUCUCGGGGUUCCCAUUCUUGUGCCUUCUCCCCUCAUCUUUUCUCUGUUCUCUUCCAUUUCAACCCCCGGUUUCUGUCUCAGCCUGCAUUGCUCAAAGCGAAUACCAAACUACUAUAUUUGGGGGGAAAAGAGGUUUUUGAAAAGCCGUGGUCCCAAGCCUUGUUCGUUGAUACGAAGCGCAUUCAUGGUUACUAGGCCUCACCAUUCUCUUCUAAGAUUCUCUUGGGGUUUUAGGGUCUCUUUCGCGGCGGCAUGCGCGGCCGACCAAAGGGGCAGUGGGUGCGCGGGUGCCGUGGCUGCGGGACCAAGGGUCUGUAGUGGGAGGGGGCGAGCGGAGGGCUUCAGGUGCAAAGGUCCGGGGCGUUCCAAGCUGGAAGGAGCCGCGGGGAGGACGCAGGGAAGGGUGUCGAAAGAAACGUCGCGAUCUCCCGUGCAUUCAUUCGUUCCUUCCUCACCCAGGCGGGAGUUCUGACGACCACCGGUAGGCCACCAGUAGCUUCUGCCCCAGGAAGGCUUGGAGAUGGCAGUUUCCCCAAGGUCGUGUCUACUCUUCCUCACUCUCUUCCAGCUGUCCAAGCCAGAUUCGGCCCGCUUUGACGUGAUUGGACCCGCGGAGCCGGUCGUGGCGGCGGUGGGGGAAGACGUGGAGCUGCCCUGCCACCUGUCCCCGAACGUGAGCGCCGAGCGCAUGGAGCUGCGCUGGUUCCGCGGGAAGGCGGCGGCCGUGGUGCUGGUGCGCAGGGACGGGCGCGAGCAAGAGGCCGAGCAGGUGGCCGAGUACCGCGGCCGCGCCUCGCUCGUGGACGCCGACAUCGCUGCCGGGCGCGUCGCCGUGAGGAUACACCGGGUGAGGGCCUCGGACGACGGCGAGUACCGCUGCUUCUUCCGGCAGGACGCAAGCUACGAGGAGGCCAGCGUGCACCUGAAGGUGGCCGCUCUGGGCUCCGAUCCUUACAUCCGUAUGGAAGUUCAAGAAAGUGGAGAAGUCCGGCUGGAGUGUACCUCAGUAGGAUGGUACCCAGAACCCCAGAUACAGUGGAGAACUUCCGAGGGAGAAAAGUUUUCAUCCACAUCAGAGUCUAGGAAUCCUGAUGAAGAAGGCCUGUUCAGUGUGGCUGCUUCAGUGGUCAUCAGAGACCCCUCCAUGAAGAAUGUAACCUGCUGUAUCCAGAACCUCCUUCUUGGCCAGCAGAAGGAAGUAGACAUUUCGAUACCAGCUCCCUUCUUCCCAAGAUUGACUCCCUGGAUGGUGGCAGUGGCUGUCAUCCUGAUGGUCCUGGGACUUCUCACAAUUGGGUCCAUAGUUUGUACUUGGAGACUAUACAAGGAAAGAUCUAGACACAGAAAGGAUGAAUUCAGCUCUAAGGAGAAACUCCUGGAAGAGCUCAAAUGGAAAAAGGCUACACUGCACAGAGUUGAUGUGACUCUGGAUCCAGACACUGCCCACCCCCACCUCUUUUUGUCUGAGGAUUCAAAGUCUGUCCGACUGGAAGAUUCACGUCAAGAACUGCCUGAGAAACCAGAGAGAUUUGACUCCUGGCCUUGUGUGUUGGGUUGUGAAACCUUCACGUCAGGGCGACAUUUCUGGGAGGUAGAGGUGGGAGACAGGGCUGACUGGGCAGUCGGCGUAUGUAGGGAGAAUGUGGUGAAGAAAGGGUUUGACCCCAUGACUCCUGAGAAUGGGUUCUGGGCUGUGGAGUUGUAUGGGAAUGGGUACUGGGCCCUCACCCCACUGCGGACCCCUCUCCCAUUGGUAGGACCCCCCCGUCGGGUGGGGAUUUUCCUGGACUAUGAAUCAGGAGACAUCUCCUUCUACAAUAUGACUGAUGGGUCCCCUAUUUAUGCUUUCUCCAAUGCCUCCUUCUCUGGUCCCCUCCAGCCUUUCUUCUGCCUGUGGUCCUGUGGUAAAAAGCCCCUGACCAUCUGCCCAAUCACUGAUGGGCCUGAGAGAGUCACAGUGGUUGCUGAUGCCAAGGACUUCACUAAGGAGAUCCCGCUGUCCCCCAUGGGGCAGGACUCUGCCUCUGGGGAUACAGACACCCUCCAUUCUAAGCUAAUCCCCACCCAGCCCAGCCAAAGGGCACUUUAAGGAAUAUCCCAGCCAGACUGCUUUCCUUUGCCCUAAGGCCUUCCCUCCAUGCCUCUGAAGCACCACCUGCCAGUUCCUCCAUUUCUCCCUGUUGGGUAGGGAUCAGUUGGUCUUGGGGAGGUUGUGCUGCUGCUUGCUGCUGCUGCUGCUGCUGCUGCUAGAGAGUGUGGGGUGUGGGACCUUCCUCAUCUGUUUCUGUACUGAUGCUCAGGGGGCAGGGAGGUGACUCUGAAGCUCCUUCCAGUGUUCUCCUAUCCCCAGAGGCCAAAUCCUAAAGGGAGGGAUAGCUCGGCAAUAAGAUGGGGGUUGGUUUGGCAUGGGGUUAUGACAGAAACAUCUGGGUGUCCAGAAUAGGGAUGUGUAGAGGAACAUGCUUUAGGCAAGCAGGAAACCCAAAAGGUUCUGGGAAGAGAAGAUCCAAGGUUGAAAUCCCAUAAAGUAACUUGUGUGUGUGUGGGGGGGACAUCCCAAAGGAGGACAGUGAGGGGAACCCAGGCCAAGGAUGAACACGUGGCCCACGUCUAGAGUUUCUGGGCUUGUAUCUCCAGUUCCCUAAGACACACCCUCCAGAGUGGAGACCACUGGCACUACUUCUGUGGGAUCUGAGCAGUUGGCCUGGGGGCCUAGAGAAGGGAUGAAAUGAGCAGGGCUGGGGGCCAGACUGAACAUUUGAUCCAGGAGAAAACUUCAGACAAAAGCCAGGCUGCAAGCAUUGCCAUACCCCAGAUCCUGCUUUCCUCUCUGCUGUCUCCUGUUUGCCUCUCACCCAUGGGUCAUUCCAGUCUCACUUUGUGGACUCCACACACAUUUUCAGCUCUCUCCUUCCUUUUGAUUUAGAAUCUGUCCAUCUCAGAGGCUUUACAGGAAUCCACCUGAGUGACUGCACCCCUUUAUCAGCCAGGGUCAGCCUCAGGGCCCCUCGGCCCUCAUCCCAACAUCUGGUUUAAACCCCUCAGACUCGGAACCUGCGUGGCUCAGUUGGUUUGGUGUUGGCCUUUGGCUCAGCUCCUGGUUCUGGGGUCCUGGGAUGGAGUCCCACAUGGGGCCCCCUGCUCGGUGGGAGCCUGCUUGCCCCUCCCCCCUGCUCGUGCUCUCUAUCUCAGUCAAUUAA